UCAGCCCGGAAGUAACUUUUUCGUUUUCUCGAGAUGCCUCCAAGCAGACCGCUCGGUCGAACUUAAUCAAAACAUUGUUCGUAUAAUGUUCAUGUGACACCGUGACUAUUUAAAAUAUAUUUACCGUUAACAUAAAUCUUAUUACUAAUGCCCGUCAGCCUCCAGUUGUACGUUCCUGUCCGGUUUAACAUGGUGAACGCGGAUGAAAUUGCUAAGUUGUGCUACGAGCGUUUCAAGCAGCUGCCCCGGAGAGGGAAGCCUGAGCCGGGCAGAGAGUGGACCCUGCUGGCCGCCGUGGUCCAAAUCACGCGGUGUGCUAACUCUGACACAGUUGAAAAGGAGGUUGUGUCCCUGGGAACGGGGACCAAGUGUAUUGGACAGACAGCUAUGAGUCCCAAUGGUGAUGUACUUAAUGACAGCCAUGCAGAAGUCAUUGCCAGAAGGGGAUGUGUCAGGUACCUGAUCCAGGAGCUGCACAGGGCUGUGAGUGGUGGGGACAGCUCUGUGUUCUGUCAGGCAGAUCAGCGGGGGAAGUGGAGGCUUCAGCCGGGGGUUUCCUUCCUCUUCUUUACCAGUCACACUCCCUGUGGCGAUGCCUCCAUCAUUCCCAUGACUGACCAGUCUCAGCCUUGCCCUUCGGUCACAUCUGUAAAAGGCCGUGAAGGGACAGAUGGAGGAGGAGACCUGAAAAGGAAAGCUCAAGAAGCAAGUGAAGGGAAAAACGCUAAACUGCCACGUCUGGAGGAACAGCAGACGGCAGAGACAAAGCUAGAGGACAGAGGAGACACAAAACAAUCCUUCCUUUCAAAUUCAUCCAAAAGUGAAGCUCCAUCACUGAGUCACUCUGCAGACACACCCGUGGAAACGUUCUCACAAGAUUCAGCACAGCCGGAGAUUAAAAGCAGAGGCCCCUCUGACAGAGCUGGAGUGCAUCCUCAGGUCCUAGACAUUCACCGAACGGGGGCCAAGUGUGUCCCGAGCGGCCCAACGGACCCUCUGCGCCCUGGGGUGGGGUACCACAGCACGGGGGUGCUCCGGGUGAAGCCUGGGCGAGGAGAGCCCACUCUGUCCCUCUCCUGCAGUGACAAGCUGGCCCGCUGGGGGGUGCUGGGCUUCCAGGGCGCACUGCUGUUCCAUUACCUGCAGGAGGCGCUCUACUUCAGCACCGUGGUGGUGGGGAAGUGCCCAUACAGCCAGGAAGUUAUGCAGAGAGCUUUGGUCACAAGGUGCUCUAAUGUAUCGGACCUCCCUGCUGGUUUCUCUGUGCGUCCGCCUGUGCUGCUCCAGUCCAGCCUGGAGUUCCCCUUCAGCAAGGCCCAGACCGAGCUUCGACACCAGGCCGGAAAGGGACGCAUCUCCCCCUGUGGGGCAGCCAUCAGUUGGUGUAAUGUGACAGAGCAGCCACUAGAUGUCACUGCCAACGGGUACAAACAUGGCGUCACCAAGAAGGAUCUCGGCACAGCUAAAGCCAGGUCUCUUCUGUGUAAACUGGAGCUUUUCCAUUCCUUCCUGUCUCUGGUAUCGGCCACUGACUUUUCAGCACUUCCAGACUCUCUCAGGAGAACAGAGCUGCAGACCUACUGGGACUACAAGCAGGAUUCUCAGUUGUACCAGCAGGCCUGGCAGCAGCUACACAGCCAGGCUUUCCCUCUGUGGCCACGCAGUGACAGAGAUCUUCUCCUCUUCCACUGAAAGUCCACUCUCUCUGAAACCUCACUCUGAAGCAGAAAUUUGGCUCCGUCGUGUCAAGAACUAGGAGGACAGAGGUCAAAACAACUGCAGGUCUGCAUCUAUUGUUUCUCUCCCAGAGUUUGACUCUUCAUCAGGGUGGAACGGCUUGUGAAACUCACAUUUCAAACCAAAGACAACAAACAUACUGCUGAAUAAUAAAUAUUCUGCAUCAUCAUGUCACACUUCUAAUAAAAGGUCUCCAGAUCUCCAGUGUUCAUUUCCCAAUGCCUGUUGGGUCAGCUGAUCAAUAUGGAUGCAUAUUGUUUGGCUACAUAGCCCAGGAUGUCUCUGUUUGCAACAGCAGGACACCAAGCUCUGUCAUGCGGUUCAGAGAGGUUGAUGACCGCUCUUCAGUCCUCAGAUGAACGUUUUAUUUUCACAGUGGUUGUAACAUGUUGUGUCUGCAGCUGCGUGGAGUUUGUGCUCUGAAAACACAGCCAGGUGGAACAUGAGAUAUUUCUGCACAACAGUUAGGUCCUUCAUCUAAGCUUUUCACUCUUUUUAAUGUCAUUCUCAUUCCUCUGCAGUACAUAGUUUUUUAGAAGUUCAGGUCUUGUUUUAAGUAGCUUAAGUGUUCCUUGUACUGUACGCAUACAUUUACUGCAAAUACCUUGUGAUACUUAUUAAUGUAUCUCAAAUCAUUUGAAUGUUUUUUCACCCUAAAUAAGAAAAUGACGCAAACCUUUUUAUGUUCACAUUAUUUUUGUGUGUUGAAGAGACCCUACAGAGAUUUACACAUCCAGAUCAGUUUAGUCAUCACGUCCGCCUCAGCUUGUGACAACACUUGUACUGGAUAAUGUCUGUGGCUCAGGAGGAAGCUUACCAAAGUCUAAACAAGACUAUGUAGCCUACACUACACUAGCAGCUCUGUGAUGAUGUUUGGCAAGUACAAUGUUUACCAUUGUUACCAUCUUAGUUUAGCGUGUUUAUCAGGCAAGGAGUGAUGCUACAUAGAUGCAUUAUGGGAAAUGUAGGAUCAGUGUUUGUGGUGUUUGACCCAUACAAGGGACUAAAAGUGAGGCUAGAUCAGCUUCUGCUGUACAGAAGUGCAAUAUUUCACCGGAGUGCCCAUUUAAGUGGAUAAUUCUAGACUUUGGUCAAAAUAAUGUAGCAUUUAUAUUCAUGGCAGAAAACCAAAACCUUAAUUAAAGCUGUGUUACUUUUAGCUCUUAUCAGGUCUUAUUCAUCAAGUUCAGCAGUCAAUCAGAGAUUGGCAUAUCAAGACCCACUUUUUUAUAGAAUGUACUCUAGCUAAUCUAGAGUUGGCAGUCAGGUGACCUGCAAUAGUAAGAAAAUAUCUAAAAUGUGCGUAUAUGUAAAUAUCCAAUGUUGUUCAUCACAGUGAAACGAAAGCACAUUUUCCAAGUUCUAACCCUGUGUUGACUGCUAACUUAUCUCUCGUUACAUGCUAAAUGCGUGUGGUGUACUGACAUUAAUUGCAUUCCUUUUAAAUAAGACCACACCUUACGAUCCAUUUUACAUUCAUCUUUAUUGGUCAGGUCUUCCAGCUACCUUCCCUUUUUCAAAUAUCUAAAAUGUGUGUCUUUAAGAUAUAUUUAACAAUCAUACAAGACGGAUGAAAGAAAGCAAUACCGAAUAUCAUAGCAUUCCAUCAAUAUAUUACACAUUUACAUACCAUGUCUACAAGCCUGAAAACUACAGCUGCAGCCAAAAUGUCCAAGUGGUUCCGAUUUCCAUGUGCAGCCAAAGACCUGAGCAACUCUUUACUUGAAGUAUUAGCGAUGUAAUAAAGUAAAUAACAGUGCUGUAUAUUCUUAGUUUGUGGUCCUCAUAAACACAGGUUUCACUGUAAGCAGUUUCACAUGUAUUCCUAUUAAAGCUUUGUGUAUUUUAAUCAAUAAAAUUUGAACAAGA